AGAGCGCGCGGUGCAGGGGCCAGAGCGGCGAGCUCCCACUCCGCCCCGCCUCGCCCCGCCUCGCCCCUCUCCUGCGCCCGGAACCUUGGGUGUGCGGAACCUCGGCGCCGCAGCGCGGGCGCGGAGGACUCGGAGGGGGAUGGAGCGGGCGCGCGGGCCGGGGGCCGAGGCUGAGGAGGAGGAAGAGGAGGUGGAGGUGGGGGCAGCCAUGGCGGCGGGUGGCGCAGGACCGGCGGUCCUGCAGGUGGCCGGUCUCUACCGGGGCCUGUGCGCGGUGCGCAGCCGCGCCCUGGGCCUGGGGCUCGUGUCACCCGCUCAGCUGCGCGUGUUCCCGGUGCGCCGCGGCUCGGGCGGGCCCGAGGGGGGCACCGACGGCAGCGGGGUCGGGGCAGAGGCCGAGCUCGAGGCCAACCCCUUCUACGACCGCUACCGCGACAAGAUCCAGCAGCUGCGCAGGUCUGACCCAGCUGCUUUUGAGUCCCGCCUGGAGAAGCGCAGUGAGUUUCGGAAACAGCCUGUGGGGCGCUCCAGGCAAGGCGAUUUUAUCAAAUGUGUGGAGCAGAAGACAGAUGCCUUGGGGAAACAGCCUAUGAGCAGAGGAUUUACUAAGGACAAGACUCUCAGUUCAAUCUUUAACAUUGAGAUGGUAAAAGAGAAAACUGCAGAAGAAAUAAAACAGAUUUGGCAGCAGUAUUUUGCAGCAAAAGAUACAGUCUACGCAGUUAUUCCUGAAGAGAAGUUUGAUUUGAUCUGGAACCGGGCUCAGUCCUGUCCAACAUUUCUGUGUGCUCUGCCAAGAAGGGAAGGUUAUGAGUUCUUUGUAGGACAAUGGACAGGUACUGAGCUCCACUUCACUGCACUUAUAAAUAUUCAGACCCGAGGGGAAGCUGCAGCCAGCCAGCUGAUUUUAUAUCACUACCCUGAACUUAAGGAAGAAAAGGGCAUAGUGCUGAUGACAGCAGAAAUGGAUUCCACAUUUCUGAAUGUUGCAGAGGCACAGUGCAUCGCCAACCAAGUUCAGCUCUUCUAUGCCACUGAUCGGAAGGAGACCUACGGGUUAGUGGAGACCUUUAACCUCAGACCAAAUGAGUUCAAAUAUAUGUCUGUCAUCGCUGAAUUAGAGCAAAGCGGAAUUGGAGCAGAACUGAAAUGUGCCCAGAACCAAGAUAAGACUUAGAGCUAUAAUGUUUGGGCUUUCACCAAGUCAGCUCAGCCCUGGAUAGUCUAGAGCCCACCUACCCCUAAAGAACUCAAAGACCUCAGCAUCUAUAACAAGCAGUCUAUAAUGAGCUGCCUUGUGUGCUUAUUGCAAAAAGUAAUUGUGGAAAUGAGCCCCAUUACUUAAUAUUCAGGAAUGAAGAUACCCAAACAUUCUGAUAACUAUCUUAGCAUACUUGAGGUUUCCUUUUAAGUGUUUGAGGUUAUAACAAGAGACAGCCAAGGAUCUACAGGAUAGUUGACUUGACUUUGUAUAGUGCGACGGUGCAGUCGCAUUCUGGCCAUUUUGACCUCAUAGCUCACAAAUGUUCAUUUUGUCAUCUUUAUGAUCUUGUGACAGGAUAAUAAGCUUGAAGACUUGCUAUGGUUAGAUAUGGGCUUUAUAUAUGCUUCCCAUGCUCCAGUCAGCUGGCCAAGGGCAUAACCCAGAUAUCUUGUUUAGGUUCUAGAACAACCAGAUAUUCCCAUCAGGAUAAAGACUUCAUCUACAUGCGUUUAGUGUAGCUGGUUUGGGGUAUCAGCGAAUUUCAAGUAUAGUUAGAUAAACAGGUACAGUGCCUGCAUAUUAUUAAACCAUAGUUUGUGGCACCUGCUUCUCUAACUGCCUGUUAGAAGUUGUGGGUUUGAUGGGGUGAAUCAGUGCAGUGUAAGUAAACCAAAACACUUUUAUAAAGAGAAGAU